UAUUAAGGCGGGGCGGGGGGGGGCACGACGACUUCCGCUGUCAGUGUUGAAGGCAAAUGCGUGGUCGCCUUUGUCAGGGCAGGCGCGUUGGAGGCUUUUUAAGCGAAGCGCUACAACAAUCGCACCUUUUGCCGUGUUGAUUAUCAUUACUACUACUAUUACUACUACCCAUAAAAGAGGCAAUCGCAUUAAGUGUAAGUCGCUGCCUCACCAACCCCCCCGCCCUCCCUGUUGUACAGAGGGCGUUCGCGGCUGAUGCGUAUCGGCUGAGAGGGCUGCGUUACGUUCGGCGUGGACCCGAGUGUGGGGAGGGAGUGGGGUCGAGCCCGUGGAUUGAUCCAGAAGUUUUGGGAAGCCCCCCCCCCCACCGGUCCCCAUUCGCCUCCUUUGUGUGUCUCCCCCCCCCCCCCGCUACCCUCUCGCCCGCGUGUCUCUCUUUAAUGAAUCGGACAUCGCUGGCCUGUAUACACUACACGUUUACUACACGGGAGUCGUCUAUGUAACGAAAGACCGGCCAUAAUACGCCUGAACAAAGAAGCAAUAAAUACGUAACUGUUACAGGAAGCAAGUCACUGGUAGUCGUGGUAAGAAGCUGGGGGAACGGGAGCAGCAGGAGGAUUUAAACAUCAGAAUCAGCAACUGGGAUGAACGAGCAGCUUGAAGGGCGUCUUCACAGCACGUCUUGACCGAAACGUCAGAAUUCUGGAGGCGAACAGCAGUGGUAAUAAGGAGCAUCGGCAAAGGGGGAAGGAGCCAGCAUUCGUGGGAGGAAUCAGGAAGGCCAUAUAAAGUCACGGCAACUGCACGAGAAAAAGGCGGAGGCAGAAGCCGGCUGUAUAAGAAGAAGCAGGAGGAGGAGGAACAACAACUGAACAAACAAGAAGCAGCAGCAGCAAGACCAACCAAACAACCGACGACCACCAAAGCAAAGCCCUACUAUCAAGAGGAAGAGUUGUUAAUAGAGCAAGGAGCGAGAAAGGGCAGCUUAAGUGCCAGCCGCCACCGUCAAGAGCCGCCAGCGAUCAACAACACCGGCAGCAUGUACCCGCUGAAGAAGUACUUCACAGAGGGCCUUAUCCAGCUCACCAUCAUGCUCAGCUUGUUACGCAUGGACCCGGACACCUACCUGAUGGGAGGGCCCGGUCAGCAGCACCACCACCACCACCACCUUCACGACCUGCUGCUGGUACAGGGCUCGGCUCACACCCGGCCCGGCUGGGACGCGACACCCGGCUUCCUGGGGCCUGGUCUGGGUCUGGGUGGGCCCGGACCAGCCCUGCACCCAAAGAAUCCCGACGCGGCCGUCCUCGACGGCUUCUGGGACAUGCGACGCCUCCUUGACGAGGUUCGAUCCCUCGAUCGGAUUCGAGCCGGCACCACGGACAUCGCAGCGUGGCUCGUGCACAGCAACGGCGGAGCCUCGGGCUCUCCGACGUCUUCGGCGGGCGUCGAGACGGAAGCCGGCGGCGGCGGCGGUGUGGGUGGCGGUGGCGGUGGUGAUGUGGAGGUGGUGGGACAGGGGCAGCCAGGAGGAGGUGGUGGUGUGGUGGUGGUGGAGACCCGGACUACUGGGCAGGAGGAGGCUCGUGCAUUGGAGGAGAGGCCCUUGGCGGCUGGUGCCGAGGCCAUGCCGGUGGGAGGCAGCGAACUUACGAAAGAGGACCUGGACCUCAUCGAGGUGCUGUGGCGUCAGGACGUGGACUUGGGCGCGGAGCGCGUUGCCUUCGACUCGCUGCACCGCCAGCGGCAGGCCAAGGAGGAGCGGCUCCCAGGAGCCGGUGGCGGUGUUGAUGGGACGCACGCGGAGGCGGUAGACGGGGAGACGGGCGAAGUUGUGGAGGGCGGAACGUCUGAUGAGAGGCUCGUGCAGCCCGCGACUUUGCCAAGCGAAACGUUCAGCCUGGACGAGUGCCUGCAGUUGCUGGAAGCGAACUUUCCCUUCGGCGAGGGGAGCGAGCAGGUUGCUGUGCCACCGCAGCAGCAGCAGCAGCAGCAGCUGCCGCCGCCGCGCGUUGACCUGGCCCUGCCGACGAUGACAGUGGCGGGGGUGGCCGAUCGGGCCGCCCCUCCUCGCUCGACCGCUCUGGACCGGCACUUGCAGGAGCUGCUCUCCCUGCCCGAGUUUGAGGCGCUGGCGGCCACCAACGACAGCUUCCCCGACGCCUACGACUCGGCCCUGCUGCCGGAACUCGCUGGCGACGCGGGGCCGCGGGGCUCGCUGCUCCUCUCGUCGCUCAACGCCUCCUCGUGCCCCAUCACCCGCGACGUCAGCCUGCACGACGCCGCCGCCACCUCGGGGGUGGCCGCUCGCGACGAAGCGGCCCUCCUCCUCGCCGCCGCGGCCGCCGCCGCCGCGACGAGGAGGAGGGACGCUUCGUCGCGAGCCGCCAACCCCGUUGCCCGGGGGCCCUUCUCGUCUCCGCCGUCGUCGCCGUCGUCGUCGUUUUUCUUCAGCAGCGGCUUCGAGGCACUCGACCCGUGCCACUCGCGCAACUUCUUCCGGCUCGACUCGUCCGACGUCGCCGACGUCAUGGACAUGGAGCUGGGAGCGCCGCUGGGAGCGCCGCUCGCGCCGCGCCUCUCCUCUGACCUGUCGGACGAGGCGCUCACGGGGCUCCUGGACCCGGCCUUCCUCGACGAGCUCAGCCUCAUGGAUCUCACGGACGAGGAGGGCAUGGACAUUGUCGGCCCCGCCGCCCCCCCCGCGGUCGGCAGUUGCUCUUCUUUUUCCUCCUCUUCCCCAUCAUCAUCAUCAUCAUCCUCCUCUUCCGCCUUCUCUUCCUCCUCUUCCUCCCCAACCGGAGGGGUCGUUGCCGUCCCGACGCCGCCCCGUUCCAACUCUCUGCUCUCCGCGUGCGACGGAAUCUCCAGCUUCUUCGGCGUCCCCACGAUGAGCAGGGAGCAGAGUGGUGCCGAUGCUGGGCAGCAGCAGCAGCAGCAGCUGCAGCUACAGCAGCAGCAGCAGCAGGGCGAAGCGGGGGAGAUGCUUGGAGCGACUCAGCGCACAAGCCUCUGCGCUGAGCUUGACUCCGACUCGGGCCUCUCUCUCGGCUCGAGUCCCCGCGCCUCGUCGCCCGGCUCGUCCAUCACGGCCGGUGACGAGGAGGACGACGAGGAGGAGGAGGAGGAGGAGGGGGCGGUGGGCUACAGCGACGGCGAGACGAUGGAUGUGGACUCGUCCUCGGACGACGACGAAGACGACGACGACGAGGAGGAAGAAGAGGAGGGCGCCGUCGGGGGCUACCAGCCCGAGUACCGCAAGUUCUGCCGCAUGGACUUCCGCAACCCGGACAGCUUCCGCGCGACGCCCUCGCUCGACCACGUGCAGCACAACCACACGUACAACCUGCAGGCCGGCGUCACGCCGGCGCAGCAGCAGCAGCAGCAGGGCAAGCCGUCGUCCGCACCGUCGCCGGUUUCCGCGUCGAGCAAGGACCGUCCGUCGACGCGCCUGUCCCGCGACGAGCGCCGUGCGCGCGCCAUGAAGAUCCCCUUCUCCACGGAGAAGAUCAUCAACCUGCCCGUGGAGGACUUCAACGCGCUGCUGGGCGGCCACCGGCUCUCCGAGCCGCAGCUGGCGCUCGUGCGCGACAUCCGCCGGCGCGGCAAGAACAAGGUGGCGGCGCAGAACUGCCGCAAGCGCAAGCUGGACACCCUGCUGACGCUGGAGGGCGAGCUGGCCGCGCUGAGGCGGCGCAAGGACGAGCUGCUGCGCGAGAAGCUGGAAAGCGGGCGGGCGCUGCGGGGGCUGCGCCUCAAGCUCGGGGAGCUGCACGCCGAGGUGCUGGCUUCGCUGCGCGACGGCCGAGGCGCCGGCCGGAGGCCGCUGAGGCCGGCGGAGCUGCUGCUGCUGCAGCGCGUGAGCGAGGCGGGGGCGGCCGGGGCGGCCGGCGACGAUGGCGGCGGCGCGGAGGCCGCAGGCGCGACGGCGGUGGCGUCGCGCGACCGGGCCGCGUCGGGGCAGAGGCGUGCGGGCAGCGGCAAGAAGGGCAAGAAGCAGGAGAAGAAGGAGUAGGCUGGGGGAGGGAGCGAGAGCGGUCGGGUGACAGAGAGGCCGAUUUCAUACAAUGAGCCCGAACGGCAUCGUGGGUGUGUCGAGCCGCAAUACCCCACCCCUCCUCCCCGCACGUGCCGCCACAGGGCUCGUGCGCGUGUAUGUACAUACAUGUAUGCCUUCAUCCAGCAGCGGAUUGAUCACGGCUGACGGCGAUGACGCUUCAUAUAUGCACGGCGGUCCCUGCUUCGGGCGGAAGUGCGACUGCUAUUUGAGAUAUCGCAGCUGUAUAAGCGCCACGGCAACUGUGCGGUUACUCCCGGUUUUGCCCUCAUUAGGGAUCAUCAGUACAGCGUAGCCCUGCUUUUACCCUGUUGCCACGAUUGUGCCUAGGGGCCAUCGUCAUAGAGAAGGAGGGGGGGGGGGCGCCUUAUCCUGACAAACUGAGGGGGUGUGGAGGGGGGGCUGUGUACAAUAAGGGACUGGCGCAGCACGGGGAGGGUGGGCUUGGUGUACAUGGCUCUCGGCGGCACUGGGAAUCCCCCCCCCCCGUCCCAUUGAGUGGAAAGCAUGCGAAGGCGGAAACACCAAAAAUGCGAGAGAGCGAGCGAUGAGAGACGCGUUGAGCCGGCCCCGGUGCACGUGUCGCUUGCGGCUCUGACCGGGAGGGGGGUGGGGGGGGGGAGUUCCCUGACGGGCGGGAAGGGGGACUGUUUGGCUUCGUCCUACGUUCGGGCAAGCCCAGAGAAGGCCGGCGUUGUGCCGUCGCACCGCGCUCCUCUUUGGCACAUUCACGAGCGAGUGGGAAGAAAGAGCGACCCGGCCUGCGAGUGAGGACGUGCGAGUGGGUCUUGGCCGUGCAAGAAUGUGUAUGCCGUGUCCCUGUCGUUGAACGUGCGAGUGUCUUUCAUUGUGAGCGUGUGUGCGCGCCUGUGUGUAAGUGCGCGCCUGUGUGUUGUGCCUGUGUGGUAGUGCAACGGUUAGCGUUACGCUGCGCUAAAAACCCGGCGACCAGAGUUCCCACUCACGGCCAACACCAGUGACGAUUAUCUGAACCGGUCCUGGGCCUCCCCUAGGUCGACUCAGCCUCAAGUGAGUACCUGAUGCGGUGUGUAAACAUUGCUACUGGGGAGACAAAGGCGGCCGGGCGUGGUGCUGGCCACCAACCACCUCGUAACGUGCCGGCCUUCAGAGGUGCUCGCUAAACAGCACUUGCCCCAAAAGUCUGUUAAGGCUACACGGAGGAUCUUUGUCUUGUCUGACAACGAGCAUGCGUGAGUGUUUGUCUUCGUAUGGGGAGCGGUGGCGUAGUGGUUAGUCCACUGCGCUACCAACCUAGGCAACCCGAGUUCGAUUCCAGGCCACAGCAGUCAUCGGUGCCGAUGUUGAUAUCUGAACCGGUCCUUGGCCUCGCCGAGGUCAACUCGACUUUAAAUGAGUACCCGAGUGCAGUGUCUUAAAUAUCAGCAUUGGGAAAACAAACGGCAGUCAGGGCGUGGUGCUGGCCACCCACCCCCUUCGUACGCCAUGUCGGCCUUCAUAUUGUGCUCGCUUGACAACGCUUUCCCCAACGGCCUAUGUAAAGUUAUAACAGGGAGGAAGAUCUUUGUCCUUGUGUGUGUGUGUGUGAGAGCGAGCGUUGUGUGACAUGUGAAGUGUGUGUGUUUACGUACAUACACAUUCGUGUAUGUACGUGCGCACGUGCACGCGUUUGUUUGAGGGUCCGCACGAGUGCGUGCGAGCGAGUGCGUGCGAGUGCGCGCCACAGAAACUGCCUGAUAAGGCUUGAAGCCAGGGGCUUGGCAAGUAUGCAAAAACAGCACCAAGUACAAGAAAACGUUAAUUCUGUUUAUUGUUCUUUAGUAUCGAUGCAGUUUGCGUCGGGUUUUCUUUUUGAAGGAUGAAAAAAAAUGUUUUUUUUCUCUCUCCGUAAAGAAUAUCUUUGCUUGCUCCUCCAGUUUGGGAUCUCGUUAAUUCACUCGGCAUCGCGAAACUAGGGACUUUUGUUACUGCUCUCCCUGGCCGAUCUUUUUUAAUUUAAUGUUCCGUUAUUUUCAAUUCGUUGUGGCUUUCCCCACUUGACAAAUGAUGAGCUUGUCCGGUGCGGUUAAGGCCCCUCGUGUUGUGCGAUGAUGCAUAAUGCUUCAAAUGUAUGCGUUCUUAUUUUUUGUAAAUAUUUUUUUGCCGAUUCUUAGGUCAUUCGAAAGUAAAUUAUAGUGUCAUCAGGGACGCAGUUUUGUUUUGAGUUUUUUUUGUAUUUGGGUUUGUGCCUGCGUGCGUGUCUGCGUGGUGAAAAUCCACUGCUUGUUUAAAUGUAAAUACUCUUUACUUUUAGUUAGGUAUAUUAUUGCACUGCUGGCCAUGAUUUAUGCUACUGAUAAAUACUUUUCUGAAUACAAUUACAACCGCAGUACACGAGUAUUCCUUGCUAUGUGGCAUUUUGGAAAUAACCAAGGGGAAUAAAAACGUUAUUUAAAAAAAAAGUCUCAUUUCGUAAAAAUUCAUUGUAAAUCCGUAUACUGUACAUAAAAUAAUCCGUAUACUGUACAUAAAAUAAUACGAUGUU